UUUAUUAACUGAAGUAUUCUUUUUUCUUUCUUUUUUUUUUUUUACAUUGUUUACAUUUUUACAUCGUAUUAAUGCCAAUAUAACAUUCAAAACAGGCGGGGCUCUGCUCCACCUGCCCUAAAUGACAGGUCGCCACUGGCCACAUCACUUAUCAUCUGUCCUAUUGGGUCCCCCCUACCCCAUCCAACCCCUCUUGUGUCUCUCUUUGACAGACAGAGUGACAGUCCAGACACACAUGGUAGUUGGAUGCCCCUUUUGCAGACUGUGUGUGAUAGGCCCAGAUGUUGAGUCGGUCUGGUCAGGUCUGAAGUUGUAGUCCCAGGUAGGAGUGGUGCUCCUCAGCUAGAGGCUGAUACAGAUGUGUCUGGCCCUGAGUGAAUGGAGGAUUCUCCCACUAUCACACUCGAACUAUGGACAGUCUGGCUGCUUACAGUUGACACUGCUGCUCUCCACAGGUGAGAGAAUGCUGCCUUUUGCGCAAACUGCAGUUUGUGUGUGUUAUAUCUCCCAUGUAAUCGCUAGAGGAAGAGGCUGGGUAUGCAAGCACUGAGAAGGAUUGUUUCAAAGGCUGGAGCCAUAACACUUGGCACUUUGUUCAGAACUCUUUAUGUGGUUUCCUCCAGCAGUGAGUAUUCACUUCUCAGCUGUCACAAGUUUUAACAAAUAUAUCUUGUUUUGGACAUAUUUUAUGAACAUUGUCAACUAAAUUAUAUAUUUAAUUUUGUUAUGGUUUAGGUUUGGUUUGGUUUAAAGUGAUGUUGCUUCAUGAGUCAAGUCUGUCCUGAAUGGAUCACUGAGUAUUGUUAUUGGGUGGCUGGGAUGAGGUUCAACACUCAAACUCAAUUUGUCCAUGUGUAGGCAGGCUACUGUAGCCUGCGUGGGCAGCUUCUUGCGUCAUCAUUAACUUGAGGCUCCGCUUGUAGUGUUGCGUAGGGUUUCUGAAGUUGGAAAAAAACGCUUUCUUGAUUGCUCAACUACACGGUAUAAAAACAUUUUAUCAAAUAGAGAUUGUAAUGAAGAAGAAAAAAACAUCCGAUUCAAUGCAGCGGAGAAAAGAGCCCGUCCUUCUGUUAUAAUCGUCUCGGGACGCAGGACAGGUAGUCCCCCCCACACACAUACACACACAAAACCUGUCAAAAUGCCAAGUGGCUCUGCUGCAACUAGGUCACUACAAAAACCCUCAUGCGUAAUGGACCAACCCAUUCAAUCGGGUUUGUCUAUCCAAAUCCCCUCCCAUUUGUUUUGGGUAAUAGCUCGCGUUACCGCUGUUUUGGCAGACAACAAACAUCAUGUUUGCGAGCCUUUACAAUCUUUAUUGUAAUUACAAAUGUAUUUCGCAAUUAUAUCAAAUAAGAAAAAUACUGCAACAGUUUGAGCCAUAAUCAUGAAUUAAUUUACAAUUGUGCACUGUGCGUAAAGUUCCCGUCCAAAUACAGAUACAUGAGCGCAGCGUGUCAUUUUUUAAAUUAACUGAUCAUUGUUGUCGGUUGCUAUUAAGAAUCCCUUUCCUAAUAUUGAGUUGCACCUCUUUUUGCCAUCAAAACAGCCUCAAUUCUUAGGGACAUAGACUUUACAAGGUGUCAAAAGCGUUCCACAGGGAUGUUGACUCCAACGCUUCCCACAGUUGUCACGUUGGCUGGAUGUCCUUUGGGUGGUGGACCAUUCUUGAUACACACGGGAAACUGUUGAGCGUGAAAAACCCAGCAGGGUUGCAGUUCUAGACACACUCAACACGGUGCGCCUGGCACCAACCACCAUACCCGCUCAAAGGCACUUAAAUAUUUUGUCUUGCCCAUUCACCCUCUGAAUGGCACACACACACACAAGCCAUGUCUCAAUUGUCUCUCAAGGCUUAAAAAUCCUUCUUUAACCUGUCUCCUCCCCUCCAUCUCCACUGAUUGAAGAGGAUUUAACAGGUGGCAUCAAUAAGGGGUCAAAGCUUUCACCUAGAUUCACCUGGUCAGUCUGUCUCAUGGAAAGAGCAGGUGUUCCUAAUGUUUUGGACACUCAGUGUAGACCAUGACCACCACAUACUAGAUAAGAUACACGGCUGAGGCAGAUGCAUGUGUAAUAAUAGCCCUUCCAUAGUGUCUGGAGUGUCCCAUGGGUGUUCCUAAUGUUUUGUACACUCGUGUAUUUGAGGCACAUGAAGUAUGCAUUGUCUAAAUCAAUUGGUCACAUCAGUUGUGCACAGUGCGCGGUAAAUUCCAUUUUAGUGCUGGGGAACAUGUAUUUGAAUUACUUAAUGAAUUAUUAUUAUGCUCUGCUCAGGCGAAUAGUAAGUAAGUAUAUCUAUACUACACUCUCUCCAUCCAUUUUACUCCCUAAUCUUGUUAAAUACUUCCAUGCGGGAUCACGCGUUCAUUAGAGUUUGUGUCAGUCUGAGAAUCAUGCGGUUGGCUUUCGCUAUGGGAAAGGAGGAGUUAGAAAGGCGGUGGACCCUUUUAAGAACCCACUGUCACUUUAUGCGCCUGAGAGCUCAGUUGGAUAGGCUUCAGUUCACGCAUUAUGAUUGCUUGGAGCCUACUUGGACGUCCAAAUGGUAGAGGAUUUUCUCUCAUGCGAUCCAGCACCAAUGAGCUGUUUUCAGACUCAGACUAGGAUUCUCAUCACUUGGAAGUACCAUAUAUGGACUAUGUGCAAAAUACAGUUGGAUAAACCUUUGACUCUAAACAGUUACUUGGGAAAGAGACAAUUUCACAUGGAUGAUUCUCCACUGUGAGCAUCUGGGCUCUUCACUCUGUGUUAAAGUUCGUUCUGGAGACCUCCGUUUGUGGGAAAACAUCACUCCAAUUUCAGGGUUGCGACAUAAACGUGAGCUAAACUACCUUCACCUCACACAUUCUGUGCUCUUUUUUUCCUGCGGUCACAGUCCAGUUGAAAAGGAUAGGAUGUCUAUAGAAUAACUAGUUAAUUCUGUUACACUAUAGAGACCACAAAGACAAUAUUUUAAGGCUUUUUCUUUCCACCUCAUCCAAUAGCCUACAACAGCAGAGAGCAGCAGACAUGAUGGACAACACGUCUCAACACAACUUCAUCAUGCACCACCACAUGGAGCUGAGCACCCUCACCAUGUACAGUGAGAACAGCACCAACAACACCGGCGCCAGGGAGCAGAACUCUACGACGUGUUCGCUCCGCAUUCCACAGGAGCUGUUCCUGACGCUGGGCCUCAUUAGUCUGGUGGAGAACAUUUUAGUGGUGCUGGCCAUCAUCAAGAACCGCAAUCUGCACUCGCCCAUGUACUACUUCAUAUGCUGCCUGGCCGUCUCCGACAUGCUGGUCAGCGUCGCCAACGUAGUGGAGACCAUAGUCAUGUUGCUCACCGAACACGGGCUGCUAGUGGUCACACCUGAAAUGCUGCGGCACCUGGACAACGUCAUCGACAUCAUGAACUGCAGCUCGGUGGUGUCAUCACUGUCCUUCCUGUGCACCAUCGCCGCGGAUCGAUACAUCACCAUCUUUUACGCGCUGCGUUACCACAGCAUCAUGACCACGCAGCGCGCCGUGACCAUCAUCGCGAUGGUGUGGCUGACCAGCAUCACCGCCAGCAUACUUUUCAUCGUUUACCACUCGCACACCGCCGUCAUUGUAUGCCUCGUCACCUUCUUCUGCAUCACUCUUGUCUUCACCGCUGUGCUCUACAUGCACAUGUUCAUCCUGGCGCACGUGCACUCGCGGCGCAUCAUGGCCAUCUACAAGUCUCGCCGCCAGGGCACGAGCAUGAAGGGCGCCAUCACGCUCACUAUCCUGCUAGGGGUCUUCAUCCUCUGCUGGGGACCCUUCUUCCUCCACCUUAUUCUCAUCCUUACCUGCCCCACGACCCCCUUCUGCACCUGCUUCUUCAGCUACUUCAACCUCUUCCUCAUCCUCAUCAUCUGUAACUCGCUCAUCGACCCGCUCAUCUACGCCUAUAGGAGCCAGGAGCUGCGCAAGACACUCAAGGAGCUGCUCUUCUGCUCCUGCGUCACCUUUCGAUGCGAAUCCAUACUUGAGUGUAUAUUUCCAUGGAAGUUCACGUGACUGCGGGAUUUGUUCAGGAAUAACAGAUUAUUUGAUAUUUGCGGCACUAUUAGGCGAAUGCCUGCCAUUGCUGUUGAAUUAACUGAAAUACAUAGUUAAUAAACUAUGAGACCUCAGGUUGGAUUGCGCAAAACGGCACAGUGCCACGUGUGGGACAUUUUACCAACCCCUGGCCUCUUCCAUGUUGCAGGCCAAGCCAUACAUAUAUGCCAUACUUGCGUGUUGAACAAAUGCUUGAACCACAAUCUAAAGCAUCUAUAUCUAAUUAUACACAGCAAAUGUGUGAUCAGAAUUGUAACUCCCACAGUGUUAAAUGGCCUAGUGUUAAACUAACACCUUUAAAAGUGUUGAUAAACCAACACCCCAAAAGUGAUUGGUCCCUAGCACAAUGGGUGUUUCAAAUUCCGACUUAAAUGAACACCUUAUAAGAGCUGAUACUCUUACACUUUCUCAGUGUUGGCUAAUUAACACGUGGUGUUACAGUAACUCAUUUGGAGUGUUGUUUUAACAUUUUCGGGUGUAACUACUGCUAAUUUAUUUCCCAGGGCUACUUUUUUGCUGUAUGUUUGUUAGUGACAGAGACAUGAUUGUUGCAUUCGAUGGCUUUCUGUCAUCUAGCCUUCACCAAGUGAGUGACUAAGUGAAUAUUUGAUUUGAUCCCACCAGAAUCAACACUCAGAUAUAACACUCACAACACUUUUUACCUCAACACCGUGAUUUUAACACCCUCAAAUUUGCUAUUUAGUUAUCAUCUCCAUAUAUCAGCAACUGACAUAACUUUCUCAAAGAUGCCAAUGUGUGUAAAGGCUGCGGGUCCAGUUUUCUCAGGCACCAAGAAACUUUGGUUUAACAGUACAUUACUGUAAACUUUACAGUAAUGUACUACAGUAAUGUACUGUUAAACCAAAGUUGCUUUGGAAUUUACGGUAACAUACUGAACAUUUUUCUACAGUAAUUUACAGGUAAAUGGCUGCCAGUAAAUUAGCAUAAAAACAUGAUUAUUUUACAGUGUACUAUGUAGGACAAAUAGUAAUUUGUGCUUUAAUUGUAUAGCCGACACUGGAAAUAGACUUUAAAUAAGAUAUAGCAAGUGUUCUGUCUAAAAUAGGAGUGAAUUUCCCAGAAUGUUGUUGGGAAGAGGAUGUUGUUUGAAAGAGGCUAUUGUUGAAGAAAAAAAUCAAUGGGCAUACUGAUAUACACUAGCCCUAAUGCUUUGUAUGGAGUCAAAGAAAGAUGCACAAAUAUGAGAGUCAUUAAGUUGUGUUUUGUACAAGAAAACAAUUCUGUCACGUUUUGAUUAAAUAAAAUGAGUGCAUUGUGAAGUCCAAUAAUAGCCUAAUUGGUCUAUAUAGAGAGUUGCAUUUUUAUUUAUUCACUCAUUAUUUGUUUACAUCCAACUUCCAAAGAUGUUUCACAGGCCUAACUUAACCCACUUAGGCCUUUGACAAAAACGACCUAUAAAUUGAAAUAAAACUUUUGGAAUACAACUAUUUACAUGAAAUCCAAUCUUGAAACAGAUCAGACAUUUUAAGAUUAUCCUCACCAUUUUAAUGCAAAUAAUAAUGUAUGCAUAGACAGAAACAAAAUGUUUAUUUCAAUGUUUAUUUUACAAGUAGCCCAUGUAAUGUAGACUAGCCAUGUUUUUUAAUUGUGUUAUGUAUGUACUGAAUAAUUUGUAAUUUGUAAUUUAUAACAUUUUCAAAAGCCUCAAGAGGGUAUCAAUAUUCAUCCCUUUAAACAAUCCAUGCUAUUUUAUGGCUGUGUGUCAGAACCAAGGCUCAAACUUAUCUCAUUGUAAAUGUGUACAUUUGAUUACUUUUUACUGUAUUUCAACAUAUUGCUAUGGUCAAAUUGUACUAAUAUAUAUACUGAACAAAAAUAUAAACGCAAUAUGCAACAAUUUCAAAGAUUUUACUGAGUUACAGUUCAUGUAAGGAAAUCAGUCAGUUGAAAUAAAUUCAUUAGGCCCUAAUCUAUGGAUUUCACAUGACUUGGCAGGGGUGCAGCCCACCCACUUGUCAUCCAGGCCCACCCACUGAGGAGCCAGGCCCAGCCAAUCAGGGGUGAAGCCAUAGGUGGGCCUUAGAGAGCAUAGGACCAACCAUUUGCCAGCCAGGCCCAACCACCACCCAGGCCGGAUGUGGAGGGGUUGGUGUGGUUACACGUGGUCUGCGGUUGUGAGGCCGGUUGGACAAACUGAAAAAUUCUCUAAAACAACGUU